GUCCUUUAGUUUUUAUCCCCAUUUUUCUACUCAUCCAUACAUUAGGAUAAAGGGAGUGUGAUCCUCAAGGUCUUCGCAAUCACACUAGUCACCCCUUGUAAUCUACAUUAUUAUAUAAUUGUCUUCAGGAGUCCAGACUGCUGGGUUGGAGUUUGGUAGUUUCAGGUAUUUCCUUCUAGCUAUUCCAAUACAUUAAAACCUAAGAGGUGUUAUCUAUAUAGUGCAUAAGAAUGUCCACCAGGCACAGCGUCUCAGCCUCGGCUCCGCCCCUGCCUGGCCCGGCCGCCAGGCGCCCUGCGCGGCGCCUCCUCGCCCAAGGUAGCUCUCGGAGUCUCCUCUACCCACUUUGGACCAGGAGAAAGUCGGCAGGAGGGAAAGACACACUCGCUCACACCUGGUAGCUCCACGACGUCAGGUUUCAUCUAACAUUCACAAAAACGAAGUACAUGGAAGAGCUACAUGGAUGCCAAGGUGGAAAAACUUUGAUGUGCCAGUGGCCUUGUUUUACAGUGUGUUCCAUUCUUUUGCACUCACAGAAAAAAACGGUAUUAAGAGGAAGUAUGUUGUGAAAUUAGAAGCCCCUUUUAAAAUUUGUAAUGGUCAAUAUGUAUUAAGAUGGACAUCUGUUUUGAACAAUACAAAGUGCUCUGGUUUCAAAGAAGCAAGCACCUGUUUAAAACUGAUCCUAAAUAAAAACAGACCUGAAUGGACAUCAGAAUGUUUGUUAGUGGCAGAAGAGUCAAAAAAUGGCAGUUUGUUCAGUUAUUUGCCACUUGUUUUAUACUAAGCCUUACGUUUUUUGGGGGACUGAAUGAUAAUCCAAUAGUGAACCAUAUGAAGUCCUACUCUUACAGAUACCUCAUAAAUAGCUAUGACUUUGUGAAUGAUAGCCUGACUCUUAAGCACAGCCCAGAGGGGGCUACCAGCUACCAGUACUUGAUUAACCACAAAGAAAAGUGUCAAGCCCAAGAUGUCCUGCUUUUACUGUUUGUAAAGAGUGCUCCUGAAAACUACGGCCGUCAUUCUGCAAUUAGAAAAACAUGGGGCAAUGAUAAGUAUGUUCGAUCUCAACUUAAUGCCAACAUCAAAACUCUGUUUGCCUUAGGAACUCCUUCUAAUCCACUGAAGAGAGAAGAAAUGCAAAGAAAACUGGAACUGGAAAACCAAAUGUACAACGAUAUAAUUCAGCAAGACUUUGUUGAUUCUUUCUACAAUCUUACUCUUAAAUUACUUCUGCAGUUUAGGUGGGCAAAUACAUUUUGUCCACAUGCCAGAUUCCUUAUGACUGCAGACGAUGAUAUAUUUAUUCACAUGCCAAAUCUUAUUGAAUACCUUCAAAGUUUAAAACAAAUUGGUGUUCAAGAUUUUUGGAUUGGCCAUGUUCACCGUGGUUCUCCUCCCAUCAGAGACAAAAGCAGCAAAUACUACGUCUCCUAUGACAUGUACCAGUGGCCAGCUUACCCUGACUAUACCGCUGGAGCUGCCUAUGUGAUCUCCAGUGAUGUAGCCGCCAAAGUCUACGAGGCAUCACAGACACUUAACUCUAGUCUUUACAUAGACGUUGUGUUCAUGGGCCUCUGUGCCAAUAAAAUGGGGAUAGUACCACAAUCCCAUGUGUUUUUUUCUGGGGAAGGUAAAACUCCUUAUCAUCCUUCCAUCUAUGAAAAAAUGAUGACGUCUCAUGGACACGUACAAGACCUUCAGGACCUUUGGCAGGAUGCCACGGAUGCUAAAGUAAAAACAAUUUCAAAAGGUUUUUUUGGUCAAAUUUACUGUAGGUUAAUUAAGAUAGUUCUCCUUUGCAGAGUGUUCUAUGUCAACACUUAUCCUUGUUCGGCUGCGUUUGCCUAACAGUACUUGAAUGUUGUCUGUUUUCACUGUCACUGAGCCAAACCUGGAAGAAAAACCUUUAAAUGUUUAUCUGUACCCUAAGGAAAAUGAAUAAGAAAGACAAAGAAAUAUUUUGAAAGCCCAGUCUAUCAGAAUGUUUCUUUUUUUUUCUAGAAGCUAUUCAAUAUAACUUAUCUAUUUCAUUGCCUAAAUUCAUUUCAAGAACUUGAUAUUUAGGAAAGGCUUAUAUUAUUAAUGAAAAUAAGAAUAAAGGGAAAUUCAAGUUCUUACUUAACGUUACAUGCAUAUUCAGGGUGUAGAGAGAUCAUUAAGAUGUGUUUGAAUAAUUGCUUUUGGAAAAUACCAGGUGAAUGUAUAGUACAACAUUUCAAAGAAAUGAAUAUACUGUUGGACCAGGUAUACAAGUUUAUUUUUAUUAAAGAGCACUUGGUGGAGGUGUUGGGGUAUGUGGAGUUGAUACAGGACAAAGUAUAUGAAUCUGAUAAAAGAAAGUCUCUUGUUCUUUAAGAGGAGGUUUUGAAAAAUGUACGUAAUUUCACAUUUUUUUUCAAAGCUUAAUGUGAAAUGUGAGAAAAGUCAUUAGUUCUGCCCUAACUGGUGCUUUGUAUGGCUCUUUUUGAAUAUUAGAAAAUGACACAAAACAUGGGCAGUUUGUUACCUGUCUGAUCCUUCCCUAGGGAGAAAUUGUUAUUUCAAAUAAGCUGAUUUUAAUUUAAUUAAUUUUCAACUGAUUUUUGAAUAUUCAAUAUUGGUUUGUAUAUAGGAUAGUUAUUUGAAUGUAGUUUGCAUAGAAGAAUAUAAUAAUGGAGAAGGCUUCAAAAGGAAAGACAGAACAUUAAAAGCCUCUUUUCUUUAAAAUUUAUGAAAAUAUAAUUCUUAGUGCCAAAUCAUUGUCAUGAUUACUAAAACCAGUCCACCCCUUCCCAACAAGGCCUCGUAAAUCAUAGUACUUUGUUCUAAGCUUACAUUUUACAUUGAAAGGAUCAAGUAUCAAGUCAAAGUUACAGUACCUUUAAAAAAACAUCUAUUCUAUCAUUAAAAUAACUGUCAGAGGUGGUUUUCAUCUUUUAAAUAUUUCAAAUUUGAAAGAAGAGAAAAGUUGCCAGAAUGAGGUCUGAUGCAUUCAGAAAAGCUACAUGUUCCCCAUGUUCAAAGAGACGUGGCUUUGAGAUCUCAUAAGGUAAAUUACAUUUAUUUUACAAAGCAAGAUAAAAAUGUGGCCAUGAUGCAAACAACCUCCUCUUACUGCAGAAAGAGCUAGGUGAUACCUAUUAUGGGAUUCUAUAAAGACCAAAACAGUUUCUCCAGCAAAAGUGGUUAAACUGGUUAUAAAAACCUUUGACUGCAUAGAAGCCUGUUAAGCAAAACUAAGACAUCUCAUUUCAUAAAAUGAUAUCUGAAACAUGUAAAACAAGACUCCUCAGUAAUAUAUAUAUAUAGCUGGAUGAUGGUAUUUAUAAUUUAGGGGUAGCUUUUUAAUGUUUACAGGUUAAUCUUUUUCUAUUUUGAAAAUUGAGGCUUGUUUACAUUUGCUCAGAUAAUUUAGUUUUGGUUAACCAAUGUCAAAAUUUACAGUAUCAAACAUUCUAGUUUGUAAUUACUUUCAGAGCCGGUUCAGGGUCUUUAGAUCAUUACAGUCUGAACUUUCUGAUCCAUUUAAACAUUUGUAGAGAAAAAAGGAUAUCUGAAAAAGCAGGUUUAUAAUUAAUUUUGAUUAGUUGAUUUUUUAAUAACCAUUUGCUUUUUGGCCUUAUAUACCCUGUGUAUCCCUACUAGAAACUUUAAAUUUGCCAUUGGUUGAAAAUGAUCUUGUUUACAGCAGUACUUUUGUGAAACAAUUAUUUAUUGCUGAAAGAGCUCUCCUGAACUGUGCUCAUUUUUUAGUUUUGCUUAGAACCAGAACAGAACAGGUUUUAAUUUGAAGUAAAUAUGAGGUCACUCUUUAUUUUUUUUUAAGUUGCUAGAUGCUUCCUUAUUCAGACUUAAAGACUGAGAAGAGUAUUUGUAAAUAAAAGGGUUCCAGCCUUUUAAAAAGGAAGAAAA